CACAGGGAAAAGGAGAUGCGCGUUGGCAGGGAAUUAGCCGUCUGGUUGACAGAGCGAGCGCCAGGGUGUGGUGCUCAAAUGGUGAACAAACUUCUCUGGCAAACACGCUCGGCUCCAAAGAAAUCGCUUGCAGGUGGGCACGAUCACGUGUCCCUAGGUUUGGCCAAUAAGCAAAGCUUGCCUUGGAGGUCGAAGACCAGAAACCAAAGCAUUUCGCUCAACAACAGUCCGGUCAAAGUGAUUCGCUUGCUUCUUUUUAAGAAGUCUAUUUUGUAUAGAGGACGUGCAGAAUUUUCAACAUGUGAAUUUUAUAUGGCUUGCUUGACUGCUCUUGCCAAUAUGCGGACUCCGCGAGUUCUCCGAAUGCUGAUUUUGUUCUUUGUGUGUCUCUUCCUUUUAAUUUUAUACAGAAAUAUUUCCACUCCAGCAAAACAGCACAAUUCUCCACAAGAAGACUUUUCCUCUUUGAGUUCAGAUCAAUUGAAUGGUCUUGUGAGAGAAGCAGAGGCUGAUAUGGACCGGAGAAGGGCUCUAGUUGAACGCGUUUGCGCUAAACACAAUUUAGGUUUGUUCCGAAACUCCGCCAAGCCACCAGAUUUCAAACAUCCACCUACGCCACAGUACAGUGUUUUCUACAUUGACAAGCCUCACAAAAUGAGUUACUGCCCUGUUUACAAGGCUGCCUCUACAACGUGGCUCCACCAAAUGCUCAUUUUGGCAGGCAAAACGGAGGAGCAAAUUAAAAAUUCACAGCGGCAGCUGAGUGAUCAAGCAAGAGAAAUUUAUCCCAUCCAGGACAGUGAUCAAGUGGAAGAGGCACUCACAACAAUGUUGAAACUACUUAUAGUGAGACAUCCCUUCGAGCGACUGCUUUCGGCGUACAGGGACAAGUUAGAAAAUAAAAACGUAGGUCUCGAACAUGGCGUUCAACACUUUUACACGAGUUAUGGCAAAAAAAUUGUCCAAAAGUAUCGCAAUGGCACAAGCGAUAGACUUGAACCAACGUUUAGGGAAUUUGUCGCGUAUUUAAUUAAAGAAGAUGCUAUCAGAUUUGAUGACCACUGGAUCCCCUACUAUCUCUUCUGCACACCAUGCUUAGUGCGGUAUGAUGUGAUCGCCCACGUCGAGACCCUCUUCCGAGAUCAGAUUUACACAAUCAGGUUGGCUGAACUCGAAGGCAAACUCAGCCCGUUGUGGAGCCACCUGACGAAAGGCCACAGGUCAGCUGGAGAGACUGCCAAAAGGUACUUCAAGCAGCUGUCCAAGUGGCACGUUCAACGACUAUUUGAGAAGUACAGACUGGACUUUGAGCUCUUUGGGUACGACCAUGAAGAGUACGUCAAUUAUGCUGCAAGUGCAUGAUUAUUUUAAGACCAAACAAAGGUAAUUGUAAGUAUUUCAUGAUUUUACUUACCAAGCAAGAAAACAUAUAAGUAAAUAAUAUACACAAUUUUCCAAUAAAUUAUUUUUGCACAAUCAAAGCAAU